GGGCCCUAGACCUUUCAGUUUCAAAACCUUUUCGGCUCUUAAAUUCAAACAGUCGGUAGCCUUGAAAGCAUCUCGAUAUAUAUUGAAAACACAUCCCCGAAAAUUAUUUAAAAAUGUCCGAGUUAACUGAGGAGCAGAUAGCCGAGUUCAAGGAUGCCUUUGUGCAGUUCGACAAGGAUGGUACUGGGAAGAUAAACACCCGUGAGUUGGGCACCCUGAUGCGCACUCUGGGCCAGAAUCCCACGGAGACUGAGCUACAGGACCUCAUAGCCGAUGCCGAUAACAACAGCGAAGGACUAUUGGACUUCAAUGAGUUCUGUGCCAUUAUGGCCAAGCAAAUGAGGGAAACCGACACCGAGGAGGAGAUGCGCGAGGCUUUCAAGAUCUUUGAUCGCGACGGCGAUGGCUUUAUAUCGCCGGCCGAACUGCGCUUUGUGAUGAUCAAUCUGGGCGAAAAGAUCACCGACGAGGAGAUCGACGAGAUGAUCCGUGAGGCCGACUUCGAUGGCGAUGGCAUGAUCAACUACGAGGAGUUUGUUUGGAUGAUCAGCCAGAAAUAGUUCGUUGGUUUAUGAUUCUGCUAAAAAUAAAAUACAUAGUUAAUGGGGUCACUGCAAAAAUAA